GCUACCCUAUUCGAGAAAAGGAUGGUUGUUCUUCAAAUUCUGUAUCCUAGGAAUUGGGAGGUGGACUAUUGGAAGAGCAAUUGUGAGGGUGAGGUCCCCACGGUGGAAAUGGGGUUGGAUGAGGUCGAAGAAACGCAAGUCGGGGCGCAAGAUUCGACCGCAUUCCAGACCCAAGCCGAACGGGUGGCGGAUUAUGUGAAAAAGUCCAAAAUUAUUCCACCAUCCCCACCCAAAGAAGCACCAGACGCCUCCACAUCUGCCACCGUGCCCCCAACGCCUGCCACUGUGCCCCCAAGCUCUGCUCCAGCCAAUGACUCCAACUACCUCUUGUUGGCUAAGAGGUUGGAGAAGGUAGAAGCGCAACAAGUUGCGAUCCUGACUGCGCAGACUGAGAUGAAGGCUGACUUCAAGAGAAGUCAGAAAGAGAUGAAGAAUCUUAUCAUGGAUCAAAUUGCGACCGUGAUAAGUUUGUUACAGAAGCAGCCUUCGGAGCCGACACAACCAUCAGGGCCGGCACAGCAAUCAGACCCCACACCAUCAGACACGGCAGAGCCAUUACAGACGGUACAUCCAUCACCGCCGACAUAUGAUGAUGAUGAUGAUGUCUACCCAGAAGAUUGGCAACCUGACGCAUGUGACGUUCCUUCUACUCCUGCAAACGCCAUUGUCAUUUCGCUGGGUGAUACUGAAUCUCAGGAUGUGGAAGAGUUGCAGGGGCCACCAGAUGGAGUGGAGUUCUGUAGGCUUAGGCGAAAGCGCAAGCCGGUUUUCUUGAAUGACUACACUGCUGGGAAGAAGAAACAACGACAUGGGCCCGUGGUAGUAGACACCCUGAAACCGGCGGACGCCCGGCUGUUAAAAUUUUUCCAGAAGUGGAUCACUUAUGCUAGGGACAAUGGCCGUCCUAGGGAUGUUCACACUGGCGAAGCCACUAGAUCGUGGUUCGUGAAGUUGAUGGUGCUGAACGAAUGGCUCGAAGAUGCUCAAAUUGAUGCCAUGGCGCACUUAUUGAGAAGAAGACGGACCCUGUACCCAGAAGUCUACACCCGAAAAGGUGUAGUUUUGGACACAUCUGCUCCACAGUUCUUUUCCAUGUUUUGGAAUAUGUGUGAGGGUGACAGGAGCAAGAUGAAAUGGGAUGAGAGCGUCAUGAGUUACGUGCAGGGGAUACCGCACAGAUACUUGCCAUGUUGGGAGAAGCAGGAGUACAUAUACUUUGUGUUGCACCUUCCCAAAGAGCGCCACUGGGUGGCAGUUGAGGUGGAUAUCGAGAACUGGGAGAUCAUUGUAUAUGAUUCUGAUAUCGGUGCCACCGUUGAGGCAGCCAUGGAGUCAUAUUUGAAGCCUUACAGCGAGCUCUUUGCAAAUCUAAUUCGAGAUAGCGGUUAUUUCCAAUAUAAUAAUUAUGUACAUCCGGUGGAGUUGGGCGAUCUCAGUCAGCUCCUACCCCUCCAUUAUAGACGAGCUACCUCGGAGGUUGUACCACAAACGAACAGCAGUGGCAAUUGUGGAAUGUAUGCCAUGGAGCACAUUGAGCACUUGAUGCUGGAUCGGUCGUUGGAGCAUGUGCAUGAUGAUAACAUGCUCACCUUUAGACAUAGGUGGUGUGUGGACCUAUUUUACCAGAACUUAACGUGGUAG